GACGAAGGGUGGAGAGAGAGGCAAUUGGCAAAGCAAAUAAAAGAGAAAAUUCGAGCAUUAUCAGUAUCCAGGAGUUCUGUGACCGCUCCCGCCACUGCGAAAAUGCCGCUGCUCUUCGCCGCCGCUCCUCUCCCGCCGUUAUUCUCUCUCUCCUACUUUCACCACUCGGCUUCUUUGCGCCGGCGAUGGAAUACUGCUGGAGUCAGUACCACGAAGCUCACUCUGUUUUCUGCAAUGGAUCUCAAGGAAUUGCAAAAGAGGCGGACUUUCAUAUGCGCAGUCAAUCAAGGUGCUGAGGAAUCAUUUAAAAAAACUGUUGAGGUGGAUAGGCUGAUAGACACGUUGAGGGAUGCAAAUGCAAAUGAACUUCAGAAGCUUGUUGUAGAAAAUGUCCUUGCUUUCAAUGAGGGCUUUUGGAUACGACUUGCAGCUAGAACUGAGACUUGCAAAUCUGAGGAUGAUAAAAAAGAUUAUGAAGAGCUGGCCUCAUCUGUAAUGGGCAUAGUGGAUCGCCUUGUUCAUAAAACCAAUGAAAAUAUAGAGUCAGCUACUGAUGUUCUGAAGGCAAUUUUAAAACCAGUAGUCGAUGAAGUGGAGGAGAUGCUUUGGCCUCCCCGAGAUCCUGAAGCUCUGAUGCUUAUGGAGAAAGAAAUAAAACGAAGGGAGCAGGAAGGGCAACUGGAUGAAGGUUUUCUUUCAGAAGUUAAUGCACAACUACGGCAAGCAAAAGAAGAUGAAGACAAGCCUGGACUUCAGGCUAUGUUGCAAAAAGUCUUGCAACUAUAUGCUUCCAGAGUCCUCUCUAAGCGUAGCUAUGCAAAAAAAGGGAAUGAGGUUCUAAAGGCCGAAGAGUUUCUUGAGACCUUAAUUAAAGCCCCUGAAGGAGAGUGGAAUAGGCUUUUGAUCAAUGGCAUGACUGUUGGUAAAGGGGAAAUAUCUCCAGAGGAAAUCUAUGCUGUUAUUAAGAAACGAAUCGAACGAACUUUGAUCCGAACGGAGGGAGGUUCUUAUGCACAGCGGGUUCUUAUUGAAUAUCUAAAGGGCAUUCAAUCAAGAGCAGAGGAUGUUGUCCAAGUACUUCAGGGUAAGCCACGUUAGCUUAUUAUCACAGAAGCUAGGAGACAGCAAUUAGAUGUAAAUGUACAUAACAUCAAAGUUCCUCCAUGUGAUUUAAGAAUUAGUCUCGGGGAAGGGGAACCUUGAUUUGGGUAGAGUUCACUCCAUUAACCAACCCAACCCCAUUCAAGGAAGUCAGGGGGCCUGGGUAUAAAUGUUGGAAAUCAAAAUUUUAUUGAAUUCGUUCCUCUUCUUUUUUUUUUUUUUUUUUUUGGGGGGGGGGGGAAGGGGUGCGCUCAGGUUUUUUUAUGUAUUAUUUAAACACGUUCCACUGGCCGGACUAUUGUAUUGUUAUAUUAGAAGUUAACAAUAUAUGCUUACCUACUACCCCUCCCGGAUUCUACUGUAAAAUGGGCUUUGGGCAAUGGUAUAUGCCAUUUUGUUUU